GUGCGCUUUCAACCGAGGCGACUUGUUAUAUAAGGGCUGCGUGACAAAGAGUCCUCAACACAAGCUUUGGUCACAAAGGGGUUGUCUGUGCAGAAAGUCCAGAUCCCUAUCACGGCCCCAGAUUCUGAGAGCUGUUUCACUUCGUCGUGUUUUAUCAACUCCACACCACGCUAAAAAGACAUGGCUUACCAUCCGCCCUCGUCCAGCCCUGGGACCUGGAGCACCGGCCUGUUCGACUGCUGCAAAGACACCAGCGGCUGUUUGUUCGGGUUGUGCUGUUUCCCCUGCAUGCAGUGUCAGACUGCCAAAGAGUACGGAUGGUGCUGCCUCAUGCCGCUCCUGGACAUCUGCGGCGUGGUGUCUUGUAUACUCCGCUCCAACAUCAGAGACCGCCACAACAUUCCUGGCUCAGGCUGCGACGACUGCUUAAAAAUAGCGUGCUGCUACGCCUGCGUGUGGUGCCAGAUGAAUCGAGAGCUGAAGAUCAGGGGCAGCAAUCAGUCGGGCGACAACGUGGUCACCGCUCAAGUGGGCAGAGAUUAACGUUCCGCCGACUCAGAGGUGGCGUGUUGAGUUUGUCUGAAAUGUUCUGCAAACACUUCAGGUGGACCGCAGUCAUAAUUACAGGAAAAACCAACGCAGUUUAAAACGUGUGUUAGUUUAGUGCUUUUCUGCUCGUUGUGGUCCAACAUUUCCUUUUGCUACUUUUCUAAGGUUUUAGAAUUAUAAAGCGAUUGACUCUUACUGGCAUGUUUAGCAGCCUGUGUUAUAUCAACAAGGCUGACGUUUCUGACUUUUGUUCCUCAAUAAAAUACUUUUUGCAACUCUUCACCCUUACUUAAUUGUGUAUAUCUGAAUCUGUGCUGUGAUACUUAGACUGUGAUACAUCUGCCAACACGUAUGGUGAAUCUGAUUAACCUGAAAAAAAAAAAGUUCGGUUCCUCAGGAGUGCUUUUCUUGAUAUUUGCUUAUUUGCAUCCUUUGGUGAAGCCACAAUUGUUGUGUUUCUAUGGAUACAGCUCAAAACGUCAGGGGUUUUACAGUAUGUUUUUUUUAAUCACUCAGAUUUAUCACACAAAAAUAUUUCAAGUCUAAUUCCUGGCAUUUUAAUGAUUAUUUCUCACUAAUAAAGAAAACCAAAAUGUAUUGUCUUGAAUGUUACAGAAGGUCAAUAAAAGUAAGAUCAUUUA